GAAAUACUUGUUGGCUCCUGAAUUUGUUUUUAAAGUAGGGGCUGACCCGAGUUUCUAAUGUGGAGGGGUCACAGAUGACUCCAAAGUUUUUGCCCUUUGCGUCCGGAUGGUUGGGAGGGCCAUCAACUCAGAUGAGGAAGUCAGUGGCAGGAGUACUUUUCAGUGAGAAUAUUAGGAAUUGGGUUUUGGCCACGCUGAGUUUCAGAUGGUCCAGAGACUCCCAAGUGUAGGAGACAAGUGGACAGGUGAACAUGCAGGGCUAGAGUGCUGGGGAGGGCUUCAGGUUGCUAUCAGGGGACAAGGGAGGAGAGGGGGGCUGUGGAUGUCACAAAGACAUACAAGAGUAAUGGUAAUCAGCAGGAGGGGAGGGGAAAGUCCAGCACGUGGUCAAGGUUUUCAUGAGGGCGUGGCUGUGAAGUUGACGCAGAGGGAAAACAGUAAAGGAGGUGGGGUGAUAGCAGAGUCAGGCUGGUGCUUAUUCACCCUCUCCGGCACCCACCAGGUUUUUGUCAGAACGUCAGAUAGUUUACCUAAGGUGCGUCAGGUGGGUGUGGACUUUGAAUGGUGUUAUGUGGACAGAGAUUGUAACUGGUGAAGAGACAGGAUGUGCAGUAUAGAAGUGGAACCUGACCAGGGGUGUUUAGAUCUGCAUGCUGUGACUGAGGUUGAAGUCGGGAACAAGGCCUCUUCAGAACAGGACUAGGGGGUGCACAGUAGGAUCCUGUUGCACUUGCCAAGCCCUUUUUGAAUGCUCUGUGUGGGUGGGUAUGUGAGGAGGCCAGAGAAAUGCCGAUUUUGUGGGCCUGGUGGUGGUGAUGGGGUCAGGAGUAUGAGGAGGUCUGGUGAGUAAUAUGCACACGGAGGAGGUGUGUGAAUGAACUGCCCUGGGGCCCUGGCACUAGGAGCUUAAGAGAAAAGGAUGGACCCAGGUGUGUUUGUGUCUGGGAGAUGUGGUCGUGGGGACUCUCAGGCGCUUAUCUUGCAGGAAAGGGGGGCCUGUACAGCAGGCCCAGAGCUUAGAUGGCCUCUCUCUGUCCCCCUGCCUGUGGUUGCUGAGAGUUGGACCUAGUGAUUAAGGAGGGCACUGUGACCUUUGAGGAGGUGGCUGUGUACUUUUCCCAGGAGGAAUGGAGGCUCCUUGAUGAGACUCAGAGACUCCUGUACCGGGAUGUGAUGCUGGAGAACUUUGUACUGGUUGCAUCAUUGGGUUGUUGGCGCCGAGCAGAGGACAAGGAGACAACUUGUGUGCAAGAAGUUUCUGGAAAAGGGCCACAAGUAAAUACUUCAAAGGCGGACCUGUCCACCCAGAAGGCCUACCCCUGGGAGUUACGUAGCCUGGACUUAGAAGGUGGUUUCUAUCUAGCUGAGGACCUGGGAACAAUCUCUGGCCAGAAACCAUGUGGGGCAGGUGUGAAAUUUCCCCAGCACAGUGGAGAGAAAGUGUUUAAAAGAGACGUGCAUAAGGCCUUUAUGAAGAGCCGCAUAGUCCGUGCGUCCAAGAAGUCUUCCACGUGCCAGGAGGCUGGGACGGAUUCUGCUGGUAGCUCUGGCCGCCUCCGGCACCAGGUCACACCACAGAAGGACACCGAGUGUGUGGAGGCCUCUCACAGUGGACAGAGGCACUAUAAGUGCAGUGAAUGUGGGAAAGCCUUCUGCCGCAAAUACAGACUUGCUCAGCACCAGAGAGUCCACACUGGAGAAAGGCCUUAUAAGUGCAGUGAAUGUGGGAAAACCUUCAGCUAUAAACACAUACUUGUUCAGCACCGGAGGGUCCACACUGGAGAAAGGCCAUAUGAGUGCAGCGAAUGUGGGAAAGCCUUUAGCAACAAACCCACACUUGUUCGGCACCAGCGAAUUCACACCGGAGAAAGGCCUUAUGAGUGUAGUGAAUGUGGGAAAUUCUUUAGCCAAAGCUCUAGCCUUAGUGAACAUCAGAGAAUUCACACUGGGUCACGGCCCUAUAAAUGCAGUGAAUGUGGAAAAUUCUUUACUUCCAACUCCAACCUAAUUAAACACCAGAGAGUCCACACAGGAACAAGACCUUAUGAGUGCAGUGAAUGUGGGAAAUUCUUUAACCAAAGUCCCAGCCUCAUUAAACAUCAGAGAAUCCACACUGGGGAAAGGCCAUAUGAAUGUACUGAAUGUGGGAAACUUUUUAGCCAGAGCUCUACUCUAAUUAAGCACCAGAGGGUUCACACUGGAGCAAGGCCUUAUAAGUGCACAGAAUGUGGGAAACUUUUUAGCCAAAGCUUUGGCCUCACUCAGCAUCAGAAAGUUCACACUGGAGAAAGACCACUUGAGUGCACAGAAUGUGGUGAAUGCUUUAGCCAAAGCACCCAACUUACUCAGCACCGAAAAGUUCACAGAGGAGAGAGGCCUCUGGAUUGCAGCAACUGUGGAAAAGUCUUCAGUCAGAAGUCUGCUCUGAUUGAGCACCAGAAACUUCACAGCCCAGACAGGCCUUACGAGUGCAGUGAGUGUGAGAAAGCAUUCAGCAGACGGUCUAACCUCAUUCGCCACCAGAAAGUUCACGCUGGAGAAAAGCCAUCGAAUGAGACAGGGACGGCAGGGAAGGAGCUACGUCCUUGUUGACCGCGUCACACUAAAUAGGCUUUGUCCGGGAGCCAUCAACCUGAAGUUGAACACCAUAGACCUGAACAUCCGUUGUGUGGAGAUUGCCUGGGAGUACCAGGCUCGUAGGCAGCUUUGAAGGAGCACAUUGUACUUUCUAACCUGCCCAGGGCCCUUGCCAGACUUCCGUCGCUGAGUUCUAUGGUAGAAGUCAUGUUACCUCUACCAAGUGGCAGAUCGCCCCACUGGGCAUCCGUCAUCUGUGAGCUGGGUGACCUUCGUGCGUGCCCAUCACCUGGAGGGAAGCGUGAGCAGUCUGAGCACUCUGGUGGUGUCACUCUCUUCUGCCUGACUGACCAGGACAUGGACCUAACUGAGACAGCUUGAACAGGACCCAGUCUGGGUUCGCCAGAGGUCCCCUUCUUCAGUGGCAUUGUCUCUUGUAGUGCCCAGGAUGCAUCUUUCUUGCUCCACGUGACCCAGUUUCGGAACUUUGUAUACCUUGGUGGGAAUAGUAUAACGGCAGAGAAUGGUUUUCACUUCAGCUUGGUCUAAUUUGCUUUCUUGUCCGAGGCCUCCUGGUGCAGACUACAGGGCUUUGUGUGACUAACCUUGUGACAUAACGUAAAGGGUUUUAGGAUUCCCAUGGUGGCUCCAGCUUGUUUAUCUCAAGGCCAUUGAUACACAUGAAUGAGAAUGGAAAUCAUCUAGUCCAGGGAUGUGACUUUUCUGACUCAGGUAGAGUUCUUGGACAACUCAAGUGAACACGUCUUUCUUGGCUCCCCGGCGUUCUUUGCUACUGCGGCAGAGUCCCUCCCAUGAGGUAGGAGAGGUGAUGGAGUUAACUUGUGGUUACCAGAGUUCCUUCCACUUUUCCAAAAAGGAGGUUCAGAUUUUAUGUAAAGCCAAUUUCUGUUAAAACUUCAUUGAGCUAGACUGUUGGUAUACAAAGCACCGAACAUACUGAAAAUGUACAGCGCGGUUAGUGUUAAUAUGUAAACUCACAGAACCGUGGUCAUAACAACAAACAUCUGUCGCUUCCACAGCUACCUUCUGACAUCUCUCCCCAGACGGCCAGGCAACUACCAUUGAUUUACUGCCUUUCACAUUCGUAUUUGCCUUGUUCUCUCGCGGUGCAGAAUCAUUUUGAGAAUCAUCCUGUGGCAGAUGUGAAUAGUGCAUUUUUUUUAAAUUCCUGAAAGAUACACUGUAUAUACUGUCAUUUGACUGGGUUUAUCCAUUCAUCUGUUAACGGAUAAAUGGGGUUUUGUGGUUUGUUUCCAGUAUGGCUAUCACAGAUAUGCUUACUAUGAACCAUGUACAUAAAAUUCUUUAUUUGAAUAUAUAGUUUCAUAUUCUGAAGUGAAUGGCUGUACCCUUUUGCCUCCCCACCUGGAGUACGAGAGCAUUCCAGUUCCCUUAUGUUCCUCACCAGCACGGGUUUUUAAAGUGUGUAGUGGUAUCUCACUGUGGUCUGAUUGCAUUUUCCUAAUGAUUUAUGAUCUUGGACAUUUUUAAUGUGUUGCUAGCUGUGUAUCUUUGAUAGAGUGUUUUAUUGAAGUAUAGCUGAUUUAUAAUGUAUUAAUGGAAUGUCUGUUCAUCUUAUUUAUUUACCACUUGUUAAUGAAUGUUGGCUGGUAUUUCCCUAAUAACUGAGAAGACAAUAAAUGUGUUGGAACGUCACUGCCUUCAGGGACUUUGCUGGGUGGAAUAAAAUGUUUGUGCUGUCAUCCA